AUGGGAGGAGCACCAACUUUCUUUGUGGAUCAUUUAGAGAAUGGACAACAACACACCAAUGGCUUUGGUUUUAAACCCGAACCGGAAAACAGAGAUACAUCAGUUCAAAUUGGGGACCAAUCUUAUGUGAUUGGUGGAGGAAAUCAUGAAGGAGUGAGAGGAAGUGCGGAGAAGCUUAUUGUCAUAAGCGGUCCUUCUGGAGUUGGAAAAGGAACGCUUAUCUCAAUGCUCAUGAAAGAGUUUCCUUCCAUGUUUGGAUUCUCUGUGAGCCACACAACUCGAUCUCCGAGGUCUAUGGAGAAGAAUGGUGUUCAUUACCAUUUCACUGAUAAAACUGUAAUGGAGAAAGAGAUUAAUGACGAGAAGUUUCUUGAGUUUGCUUCUGUUCAUGGUAAUCUGUACGGAACCAGCAUUGAAUCCGUUAAGGUUGUAACAGAUUCAGGAAAGAGAUGUAUACUUGACAUUGAUGUUCAAGGAGCGAGGUCUGUGAAGGCGAGUUUGAGGUCUGUGAAGGCGAGUUCGAGGUCUGUGAAGGCGAGUUCGAGGUCUGUGAAGGCGAGUUCUAUUGAUGCGAUGUUUAUAUUCCUAUGCCCUCCUUCAAUGAAGGAGCUUGAAGAUCGGCUCCGUGCCCGAGGAACUGAGACAGAGGAGCAGAUACAAAAGCGGCUUAGAAACGCUGAAGCAGAGAUCAAAGAUGGGAAAUCCUCAGGCAUUUUUGGUCAUAUAUUGUAUAACGACAACCUUGAGGAAUGUUACAAGAAACUUAAGAAUCUCUUGGGGAUCAACAAUGACGCUCCGGUGAAUGGUGUAGAAGUAGAAGGGAUCAAUCUUCCAAAGGAGCACACAGUAACAAAGAUGGAAGAUAAGAUUUUGAUUCAUGAAACAGGAGAAGCAACCAAGAACAACAUGAUAGUGUUGGAUUUAUCAUCAAUCAACGGGGGAGCACCGGGAAGAACAAGAGGGAUCAUUCUGGACACGGUGAAGUCCAGCUAA